UUUACUCUAAAAUCUCUGAUUCAGGUAAAAUCAUAUUGCGUCAAUGCUAAAUCUUUUUCUGUAAUUAUCGCGCUUACGUAGAGAAAGGAGCCUUCUUCUCUUCUCCCCGACGCGUGAUACUGAUAAAUCUAGGAUCACUUGACGUAAUGUUUUUGUAUUUAAACGAGAAAGGCGGAUCGAAGGCAUCAAUCACCUCCCUGCCUUCGUCUCCAAGUUCUGCCAACGCCCCAAAACUCGACUUAAGAUGUUGUUCGGCGAAAGCAGGCGUUACACUGUCGGCAGCAAAGCCUUGGAGACGGUUUACUGGCGUGCCACUCCUUCGGGCCAAGGGACGAAAUUCGUUAAAACGAAGAAGACAAUUAUGUACGACGUCGAUAUGGAAAAUAUGCCCUACACCUACUCCAGCCGGCCCUUCAGACAUCUGCAAACCAGGCACUUGGAGUGAAAUAUGUACAAAACCCACUGUUGAAUAGGGUUAUUGCCUAUUCUCAUUUUGUACAGAUGUAAAUACCCAUUUUUUUACUCACCUUUGAAUAAAAAUUUUGCUUUAUA